UUGCCGCGGCAGUUGGGGACUCCUCCCUCCCAGGAAGACGACUCCUUCCGCCGCGCGCUGCAUGCUGGUCGCCGCGCUCCGCGUCCCGGCCCCGAUCCCCUCCUCGCUCGCCGCGCCGGCGCGCCCUCUCCUCCGCCGCCACCUGCCUCCCGCCGCGUCGAUGGCCUCCUCCCCGCCACCCCCUGACGCUGGCGCCACCAACAAGCCCGCGCCUGCCCCGGCCCCGGUCCCGCAGCCGCCCGAGAAGCCGCUCCCCGGCGACUGCUGCGGCAGCGGCUGCGUCCGCUGCGUAUGGGACGUCUACUACGACGAGCUCGACGCCUACAACAAGGCUCUCGCGGCCCACUCCUCGCCGGCGGCGUCCUCCUCCUCCGACUCCGGCAGCAACGCCGCCACGACGACCGGCGACGGCGCCAAAUCCUGAGGCGGCGCAUCACGAGUUCAUCAGGACUUGCAGUAUGCGUCCCUUCCUCUUAAUUUUUUCCCCUUCCCCAAAUUGGGAGGUGUUGGUGUGGUUGAUUAUAAUGAAACAUUACGUUGUCUCAUUGUGUAUGCUGCAGUUUGUACCAGAGUUGAAUUGUUGUUGUUCCAACGAAAAAUUCUAUGAUUACAUACAGAGAAGUAGUUCUAUUUCUAUCCAA